AUGCCCACCAAGAAAACGUCAUGUGACCGAUGCCACCGGCGCAAGGAGCUGUGCAUAGGGCAGCCGUGCCAGCGGUGCCAGAAAGACGGCGUCACGUGCGAGACCAACCGGCUAAUAAAGAAAUUGGGCCGGCCGAAGGAGGCCCAAAGAAGGCCGGUGCGCCGCAAGUAUAGUCGUCAUGGGUGCAUGCCUUGCCGAACACAGAAAAAGAAAUGCGACGAGCAGCGUCCCAGCUGUGGCCGGUGCCUAGAAAAGAACCGCUGCUGCGCAUAUGGCACGAAGGCCCCCGAAGCGGAUCAUGAGCUGGCAAUGACGCCGCAGACAUUCUUCAACGCCAUUGAGCAGCUGUUUUUCGAGUGUCUCCAGAACAAGACCCAGGGCACCGAAACAGCAUCUGCAUACUCCUCGCCGGCUGAGCUAUCGAGCGACCAGUACCGGGAACAGAAGCACGACCUUUUGCAACUCUGCUCGUUGAACGCGUUUGGCAUCCCGGCAAAAGAAAGCGAGCUCCUAUGUUACUUCAUCAGCGAUGUGUCCAUGCUUUUAUUUGCCGACAAGACCACGCCGCGGUUUCUUGCCACGGUGAUUCCCAUGUGCCUAGAAGACGAGCGUGUGCGAUUUUCGAUUCUUGCCAUUGCAAGCGCACAUCGGCAUAACGGCCACGGGUCUCACAAGCACGAACUGAUGAGAGACGCGGUCCGGUUCCGCGCCAUGGCCCAGUUCUGCCUUGCGGGCCAGAACCAGGGCUUCUACGACGACACGGAAAACGUGCUCCUCAGCAUUUGCCUCGUUGCAAUCCACGAGAUUUUCGAAGGCACGUCGCUCUACUGGAACUGUGCCCUCGAAAAGGGAGCCGAGAUCAUCCGGGUGCGAGGAGGACUACAGAAAGUAUCGCGGCUGUCGCCAUUGUCCAUCCAGCUUUUCUGCUACCUUGACCACAUCUCGUCACUCAGCACGUGCGUCAUGCCGUACGUGGACCGCUUGAAAAACAACCCCUACCAUAACUACAACGGCAAUCAGGUGGAGGACAUUUUGAACUGCAAGUUUGGCUUCCGCUUCGGCAUUGCCGGCGAGCUUUUCAAGAUCAUGGGUAACAUAUCCACCUUGGCCAGUCUCCGAAAAGACCGCCACAGCACGCCCGAGCAUGGCCGCCAGUUUGACCGCCUUGCCAAUAUGAUUGAAAUGGAGCUCCAAAACUGGGCCCCUUCGCUACGCGACGUCAGCGACAACUUCAGGAUUGACGGCACUGCAGACUCAGGCAGACUGACCAUCUCGUCGUAUUUGGUGGCCGUGCAGUGGGCGUGCUUUCUACGGCUACAUCAGAUUAUUGUUGGCUACGACCGCAGGGACUCGCGGAUCACGGCCUGUCUAUCGAUUCUUUUGGAGUCGCUCAAAUCGAUUCUGGAGGAUACGGAAAUUGAGACGGGGCUUAUGUUUCCCCUUGUCAUGGCUGGGCUGGUGUGUGUGGAGAGCCAUGACCGUGAAUACAUCUCAUCCCGGAUCCAGGCCAUCCAAGAUAAGUUGCGGUUCAACUAUAUAGGCGAGUUUCAGAGGCUUUUACAUGCGGUGUGGGCUCAAGAUGCAGACGCGGGCGACGCAGUCAACUGGGCGCUGAUCCGCUACUACGAAUUUCCUGGGCUCGUCAUGUUCUAA